UUUGUCAGAGUCACAAUCAGAGGGAGAGGAGCGAGCCGCCAUUUUCCCAGCUCGUCGCUUCCCCCUCGAACGACAACAAUAAAAACGCAUAAAACCGGACUUUUCUCGGCCGAAAUCGUACCCGAAAGGUCUUUUGGAACAGGAUUGAAGGGAUUGCGCUUAAAGAACGACCGGAAAAGGAUACAUUUCAGUCGGUUUUCGUGGCCUUUCGUCGGGGGCGAUUAAAAAACAGCCGACUGGCCUCCUGUAGCUCGACUGCCCCCGUUUCUUUCGCCCAUUUCGUGAUUCCUAAACGCAGCCUGGAGAAGUGGGAGGAGGAGGAAGAGGAGGGGGUUACCGAACACCGGAGCGCGCGAGAGAGGUCGGGGAUUUUUCCACCUGAAUGUGCAACAGUGGAUUGUGCAUCUGGAUCAUUGCUUUGGCCGUUUAAUUAUUUUUACGAUCAUUCCUAAGCGCGGGGAUUUAUUACGUAAAUUUCCCCCCAGAAUCGGCUGCUCAUCACGUGGCUGUCUUCUGGCUCAGUGGUGGGUGGGUGGUGUGGAGCUGGCCUCAGCACCGGGAGAGGCCCCCUCGCCCGCCCCCUCCCAGUGCUGCAUGGCUGCAAUGGCGCCCGCUCUGACCGACGCGCCGGCCGAAGCUCACCGUAUUCGCUUCAAACUGGCUCCGCCCUCCUCCACCCUCUCCCCAAGCGGCGUGGACGGAAGCGGUACCGGCAGCCACAUCCUUGUGUCCAGUAACGGCGCCGUCAAGCGCAAGGCCUCGGAGGAGCGCCCCAGCCGUGGGGCUGGCCCCUGCAAGCCCCUCGUUACCUCAUAUCACUGUUCAGAUGUGACUCCUGUGUCCUCUGCAAAAGAAUCAUCCCUCAAGCUUCAAGGCGUUUUACUGCAGAAGCACGGCAUUCUGCCUAAUCUCAUACCGCGCAAGCACCAGGCUUUGGAGAUCUCUGAAGAGCAGCUAAAGAGCAUUAUGAAUGCUGGAGGUGGAACAUGCGGGCCGCCUUCCAUCCAAGGCACCACCGUUAACGGCAUGGCAAAGAAAGUGACUAAACCUGGGUCUGACAGAGACAAUGGAGUAACCUUGAACGGUGGCCAAAAUUUUUCAAACCAGACUCAAGGUGUCACAUCUGGUGGGGGAUUGACAAGGAAUGGUCCUCUGAGAGAUGUUUCCGAGCAGUCAACAGGUGCGUCCCAGAACUGUCCCAGCAACGGAGAGCCUCCCGCAACCUCUCCACCUUCCGUCGCACCUUUCAACAUCACAGAGGACAAAACCUCAGACUCUCUGCCGAUAGGCAGCGAAGAUGCAUUGACUUUCUCGCUCGCCACCCAGCAAGAUCCGUUGGGCUGCCUGGGGGCGGAGCUUUCCGACCGGACCCAGCACAGCCAGAGCCGACAGGGGGAAAUCGAGGCACGACUGAGGCGACUCCGCAAACGGCUGCAGGUAGUCCAGGCCAAACAGGUGGAGCGCCAUGUGCAGCAGCAGUUGGGUGGACUUCUCGACAGCACACUGGGCGCUCUGGAUGCCAGACGGCCGAGGGGGCGUCAUGGUGACGACACCCUCACUCCUCAGGAGAGGGAUGGACUGGGACGCUUCCUGAAGGGAGGCUCCAUGCCAGCCGAAUUGGAACGGCUGUCUUUGAGUUGCACCACCAAUCUGCGAUCUGCUGAAAGCGCCUUUGAUUCUGAUGCCACAGAAAGCAGCUCUGGAGGAGAAACUGAUGUAGAGGAGGAUGAACUGACUCGGGUGGACAUUGAACAGCGGCACAUUCCUUUAUGGAGAAGAGCAGAAGGCCGUUACGCGGUGGACCGGGCCGCUAUCAUCAGUCACUGGAACUGGCUACAGGCCCAAGUCUCGGACCUGGAGUACCGUAUACGCCAACAGACAGACAUCUACAGACAGAUCCGCUCUAGCAAGGGCACUGUGUUACUUGGGGAGAGCUCAGUGUGUGACUCUGUACCAGAGGACAGUGGUGACUCAAGAACAGAGACUAUUACCUGCCCUGUCUCACAGGUUCAUGAUACUGUUGGAGUGGAGGGGUCCGUGACGUCCCAUGGUUUCGCCACGGAAACAGGCUUGAGGAAAAGCUGUGCAUCCGGCAGACCGGUCAAUGGUGUUAUUAACAGCUUGCGACCCGUUUCCCCCGGCAGCUUGGACCCAGAUGAGCAUCUCCGCUCCGAGGCCCAGCAGAAGCAGUCGGACACUUUGGCUUCCACCGUGCGUGAUAGUACCUGUGUGGCGGCACGCACUCGCCCGCUCCUGUCCUGCAGGAAACGUCGCGUCCUACGGCCAGGCUCGCUCACUAGCCUCAAUCGAAAGGCUCAGAGGUCGAUGGCUCCUCGCUGUGGCUGCGAGCUGAACGCUCUGUGUGUGAUGUGCAGUGGACGUACUCUGGUUCCUGCUGAAACCCAACAUCAGCUCCCCCUGCUGGACAGACUGGCACAGUUCGACGCCUGCGUUCACCCUAUUCUCUCCUUUACAGACGAUGUGAUGAUGAGUCUUCAUAUGCAGCGUGUGCUGAAGGGACACUGGCAGAGUCGUCCUCUGGAGAAGAUCAAACCCAUCAAGAAGAUGUCACUCAAGCACAAGAUGUGCAUGAGCAGCCGCAUGUCUGACCCGUCCUCUAGAGACAAACAUAAGCUUUCCAACUCCCUCCUUUCCACAGUCCGUUUGUCACAUCUUAAGAUGCGCUCAGAGAAGGUGUCUAGACACCAGUCGGACAGCUCAAUGAGUGCCAGUAAGAUUGACCCUCGACAGCAUUUCCGUCAGAGCAGUUCUUUCGAUAGGAGCCAUGGGCGCAAGAGACCCCGCGAGCCCUCGCUGGAGCGGCCAGAGAAUGCUCCUAAGUUUUACAUGGAAAUGGGAAGCCCCAGUCCCACCAUCUCUGCUUUGAAUACACCCACCCACAGCCCCCUGAUGAGACAGCCAUCAAUCUCAGAGACCUCCACACCGCUCCACCUCGGCAGCAGUGCUGCAACCAUCCGUCGGAGGAGAGGAGAGAGCCCAUUUGACAUCAAUAACAUUGUCAUCCCCAUGUCUGUGGCCGCGACCACCCGAGUGGAGAAGCUACAGUACAAAGAGAUCCUCACCCCAAGUUGGAGAGAAGUGGAUGUUUUUGCAGAACCAAUAUCUGCGGAGGAUGAUGUCUUUGAGAUUGAGGAUCUGUCCGAUGCUGCGUUCUCUCAGCUUCAUCUUGCGUACGAGGAGCAGGAACGCUCUCGGUGGAGUUGGACUGCAAGCUCGAUAGCGAAGAGAAGAGGCAGCAGGUCUUUUAAGUCUCUGGACGGACGGACGACGCCCUUACUGGGCGGCACUAACCCCUCCACGCCACAGCCUUCAUCCCCAGACACGGCACAUUUCCACCUGCUGCAGGAGUACAACUCUGUGGUGUCUCCCUCCAGCCCCGUCAGCCCAGAGAUAAUGAUGCUGUCCGGCCUGCAAACACCCGGCUCCAGAGAUUCCCACAGACUGAUGUCCAACGAGGACACGCGCUGUUCUACGCCAGACACUUAUGAGGAAAUGGUCUCCCAGCCGGUCCUGCCAUGGGAACGCCGGACCUUUCCCCUGGACGUGGAACCAGAGCAAGAGUCCGAAAUCCAGCCCAGUCCGCCUGGCGAGAGGCCCUGUAGGACCAUACGACGCGUAUCCGGCAGCCGGUCAUCCAGAUCCGAGUCCGACGCCGGACCUUCGUCGCCUCUCGCGGACGACGGCGGCGCCGCCAAGCAGAAGCUCACCAACCCACCCAAACCUACUCACCGAUGAAGCCUAGACUCAUCUGCACACACCCGACCCCACCGGCUUUCAGAAACUCAUGAAACGGCAGCAACGUCGAAGGAAGAAAACCAACAAAACGAAUGAAAGUCCCUGUUGUUUGAUAUUCAAACAUCAGUCAAUUCUUUCACGCUUUUUAGUGAAUUGUAUGGAGAUGUAUUUAGUAACCUGUUUUAAUUCGUUCAAUCUUUUGGGUCACUGGAAAAUCAAAACGUUAGGACAAUAAAACAUUCAAAGGAAGUAAGAGAGAUUAGCUUGUGGAAUUGUAAAUUGCAGAAGAGCACUUCCCCCUUAGCAUGCUGUCGUACUGAGGGGCACAGCUUGCAUUUUGUGGUACCCUUCCAGAUUCCUCCAAUAUGCCACCUUAAAUGACUCGCUCAGCCUUGCAGUUUAUAAUGGAGUGAUAAGUGAAUAGUGAUAAAAACAUGAUCAUGACUGUGUGAUGAAGCACUUCAUUUUUUUUUCUCCACACCUGAACAUUCCUUUACUUCGAAAACCCAAAUUUAUUUUAGCGCCUUGGAGUUACGUAAAGCCCAGUUAGUGAUUUACUUUUGACUCGAGCCGAUCACUAAAGGUUUCAAGUCUGUUUGUGCUCCAUUUCUGUCAAAGAAAGUGACAGAGAGCAGAUGACUCGAGUAUAGCUCCCAAACGCGACUGCCAUGUAUGUAGCUUUAAAACGAGUCUGAUUGGAGCACUUAAUUGGUCUCUCUUGCAGCACACCCUACAAUCAGUGCCCGAAUAUACACGCACAGACCGCUAACACUCGACUGAAGCAUAGCCGCUCACCGCAACUCUGUUGCUUAGCACCAUGUGCUGUUUUCCUGGAGUAAGAUUGGCUUUUUGUUGUGUGGGCUUGCGAUUUUUGAAGCACUUUUAAAGUCCUUUAAGAUUGAAGUUGCUAAUGGUGUCAGACGUACUGUGCAUGAUCAGAUUGCAAAUUAUUAUUAUAUAAUAUUGGCAACAAUAAAAAAAGAACUCAGUCAUGUGUGAAUCACUCCAGUAUAAACUGAAAUUAGCUGCCCUGUGAUAUUUGUAUCCGUCAACUCUGUCAUGUUCCCUUUUUCUUUCGUAUUACUUGUUUUGUCCCGGUUUUCCUAUAAAGAAGCUCUUCCAUUUGAUUGGUCAGGUCUUAAUUCCCUGUUUCCGAGUUGUUGAACAUUCUGCAAUACCUACGGCCAUCACUGAACCCCUAGUAACAUGAUGUUUAUGGUAAUAACUUGAUGUUAUGAUAGGCAAGGACUUGGCAAAGUUUCAUUCGUUGGCUCCUUUCUUAUCUGUUGCUGUCAGUGACAGCUUCAUUUUUUUCAUUGUGUAUUACAGAGGAACGAUUUCUGUUAGUUCCCAGUCUUGCAACUUCUUUCCUGUUAUUUUAACUAAUAAGAAUGUACAAGUCUAAUAGCAGACACCGAUUGCUUACAGUUUUUAUUAGUAGCCUUUCCGUAUCUUUGUCGUCACCCGAUUCUAGCUAUCAUAGCCAUUUGUUCUUGUUUAAAGGAUGUCAUGUUGAAUUCCUUGCAUCUCGCUGAAGCAUAGCGAAAUCAACAGCUUCAGUGAAAUCUCCUGUUUCAUAGUUGCGUGGCAAAUCGUCAGGGACCAUCCACGACUGUCCCAUUUCCUGCUGAGAAACCCGCCGCCCCUUUUCAUUCUUAAUAUCAUCAAUUAUGGUUUUAUGUCUGUCUCUCUUUCUGUGUGGGGGUCCGUGUACUUAUCAGGCAAAUGUACCAUAAGGUUUGACUAGCUUUCAAAAGCCAAUAUUGUAUCGUGUGAGUUAUUUUCAUACUUUGAAUUUCCAAUGUGGUGAAUGAGGGUUGGGUGAGUCUGGUAAUAUCCUUUAGCAUGUAAUAGUUUGUACAAAACAACACAAAAAAAGUUUAUUUUGUACAUACCUUGUUUGAUUCUUUACUGUGUUUGAUGUUCAGGCUGUAGCUGUCCUGAUUGUCUAGGGAGAAGACGAGUACAAAUAUUUAACACUUAUGCAGAAGCAAAAAAAAAAAAGGAAAAAAGGUUUAUGGAUAAUUGGCCAAUCUGACAUGCGGGCAACGUUUGUGCUUCUCAAAUUAAAAGUGAAUUAUAUUGUACAA